AAUAAAAACUAAAUUUGAUUUAAACGUUUUGUGAGUUGCAUUAAAAAAAAACUGAAAGAAAUGUCAAUGUUCAACAUUUGUUUAUUUAUUGCAACAUUUGUUUUAGCAAAUGUUAUAAACGCUCAGAGUGACGUUAUGCCAGUCAGAGAUUGUGGUCCAAACGCUGUAUGGAGUUUUUGUCAAUCACCUUGCGCACCUUCUUGUGAUAGUAUUAAUAAUCCAAAUCCUAUUAGAUGCUAUUCAUUGUUAUGUCGUCCUGGAUGUAAUUGUAUGGAAGGUUACAUAAGAAAAUCUGAGACUAGUGGAGAAUGUGUUUUGAAGGAAAAUUGUCCGAAAAAAAAUCAACGAUGUGGACGAUUUGCAGUGUGGAGUGAUUGUGCUUCAUAUUGCCCUACAAAUUGUGAAGGUUUAAAUGAUCCAGAUCCAAUUAUGUGUCCCGCGGUAUGCAUAAAAGGUUGUGUAUGUCUUCCUGGUUUCAUUAGAAGAAAUUUAAGAGAUCCAAAUUGUAUUCCAGAAGAAGAUUGUCCAUUUUUAAAGCGAACUGAUGAGUAAUUUAGAAGAAAAACAUUUUUUUAAUGUAAAAUUUAUGUUUGAUUUUUAGUAAAAAAAAUUUACUGUAUUUGUAUAUAUCUAAUAAAAUUGAAAAAAAUGUAAAAAA